CUCCUCCUCUCAGUGUAUCAGCAGCAGUGUGUGUUCAGCAGCAUCAUCCUACGGACCCCCCCCGCCGCUUUACUAUUAGUCGAGUCUGACUUUUCUUUCGCAAAAACAAAAUAAUAAACCCACUUUUUAAAGAAUAAAACGAAACGCACGGCCGAAAUAUUAAAGCUGAUAGUGGAAGAAGAGCAAAUUCAGACGGUAGAAUCGCUUCUUUUUCAGUCCUCCCAGUCCCAGGGUUUUUCUGACCACUUCAGACAGCAGACCGGACUUCUCCCGUGGACUCACUCUCGUAAGGCAAAAUGGGGAAACAGAACAGCAAGCUGACCCCUGAAGUGAUGGAGGAUCUGGUGAAGAACACAGAGUUUAACGAACACGAGCUCAAGCAGUGGUACAAGGGUUUCCUGAAGGACUGCCCCACCGGCCGCCUCAACCUGGAUGAGUUCCAGCAGCUCUAUGUCAAGUUCUUCCCUUACGGUGAUGCCUCCAAGUUCGCUCAGCACGCCUUCAGGACCUUCGACAAGAAUGGGGAUGGUACCAUCGACUUCAGAGAGUUCAUCUGCGCGCUGUCCAUCACAUCACGAGGAAGCUUCGAGCAGAAACUCAACUGGGCCUUCAACAUGUACGACCUGGACGGAGACGGCAAGAUCACACGGGUGGAGAUGCUGGAGAUCAUUGAGGCGAUCUACAAGAUGGUUGGCACUGUGAUCAUGAUGAAAAUGAAUGAGGACGGCCUGACGCCUGAGCAGCGGGUGGACAAGAUCUUCUCCAAGAUGGAUAAGAACAACGAUGACCAGAUCAGUCUGGAGGAGUUCAAAGAGGCGGCCAAGAGCGACCCGUCCAUCGUAUUACUGCUGCAGUGUGACCUCCAGAAAUAGGCCGGAGGGCGAGCAGACCGCUCCACCAGCCGCCACGGACUGCACAGAAAGAAUUUCAUGUUCCAUUCAGUUUGCAGCUAUUUCCACUGAAAAAAAAUAUAUGCUUGGACUACCUUUCAAUGGAUCUGCUUCUUGUGUUUGAAACACUCGUGUGCAUGAGAAUGUUAUUUGCUAUAAAAAGAUUUACACACAACAUACAAGAGUGUGCGGGUGGAAGGGUGCAGGUGCACACUAACACAACACAACAAACACACAUUAACACACACAGACACACACACACACACACACACACACACACACACACACACACACCUCUCACUACAUAUGAACACCUUGCACAAAUAAUAUAUAUAGAUACAGUAUAUAAAUAUGAAUAUAUAUUUAAAUUAUUCAAAGAUCAACUGCCAAAAUGUGAAGUGUGCAAAGUAUUUUCCAUAAAGUUUCAUUCUGGAGCUUGCGCAUCAGUGAUGUGCUACGUUGAAUUUGCCGCUACUCUAUUUAUUGUUCCGAGUUUACUGAUGCUAGCUGUAUGUGUUUCAUAAUACUGAGUAAUGUCAACUGAACCAAAUUCCUAUGAUAAUGUAUCUGCCUCCGAGAAGACACUCUAUCCAUCGUCUUGACUAUUACCUAGAAGAGAUGGAUUAGCAUUUGUCCAACUUUUCCUUCCAAUACAUGCUCGUACUGUCAGUAAGGACAAUGUAAACGUAGUUAAUUUGCAUGCCUUUAGGUUCUGCCUUAAAAUUCUCCUCAUUUUGCAUCCUGUGAUUGCAGACAGAACGCCUUAUCAAAGCAGCGCGGCGACACUCGAGAGGAGCUGUGACAAAAAGAGUUUUACCGGAUAGGGAGAAAAUAGGUCCUUCUACAAGUAUUGUCAUUUGGGAUGUAAUUUUUGUGACCCGUCGAAUUCUUCUUCUUUUCUUUUUUUCUUUGACUGCUUUUGCUGUGGGAGCAUGUUUCCUUGUAGACUAGCUGUAGUGUAUGUUGCUACAAACCUAAACCCUGCCCCUCUGCAUUUACACACACCAUCUCAUGACGAUUUAGCAGAUGUUGACUGUGGAGGAAUCCAUCAUCAUGAAACAGUAUCAGAAAUAAAAGAGAUAAAUUGAUUAGAGGCAAGUGAGAUCAAGCAUUUACAACAUGACUCUCAGGAGAAUGAACAAAGGCUCCUUUAGCUGGAGAUAAUUAGAUCACAAAGAAAAACUAAGUAUUCAUCUGUAGCUGUAGAGCAGUGUUAUCAGACUAAGUCAUAACCUUUAAUGUACUUCACACACACACAUCUUCUUUUUUCCAACUAGCCUGCAGAUUGCAUAUCACUAAGAUAAACUCAGAGGAGUGUGUUUAAGACUCUCUGGCAUUAUAGAGGAGAACAAACAAGGCCCGCGCAGCAUUUUAACUUUCUUGUCUGUCUUUUUCAGUGGAAGUAAAUGAGUGCUAAAGUUGUGAGAGGAGCAGUGAAUGGCGUUUCAUUAAACACUGUAACCAGUAGAGGACAGUCCGUAUGUAAAGCCAUGUGUUUAGUAGGUUAAACUAUUCGCCCUUAACAACCCUGGAAGUGUUUCUCUUUUACCAAUCAGCCAAUCUUUUUGUACUUUUUUACUCCCCUCUCUCACACAUUUUACACGCUCUAAUGCAUUGGAAAUGUAGAGAAGUUCAGUGAAGUGUGGUGCCUCCGUAACACGAUCCAAAAUAGACCUCAACGCCACCUUUUAACUUUGAAUCAGUUAACCUGGUCCUGUCUGAAAGCGCUGCAGACCCUUAACAACUCGCAUUAAUGCUGCUUGUGCUUUAAACACUAAGUGGGGCUACAGGAGGCCAAAGGAGAUUUAAUAAGUCAUAAUUCAGUAUUGCAAUAAAGAUCGAGCAUGCUAGUCCAUUGUCAUCUCUCUGCAGUGUGGCUUGUCCCCUGUCACUUUGUAAUCUGAACUUCUUUACAUCUUUGGCCAGACAAUGUUUCUAAUUCCAACUCUGUUAUUACUAUUAUUGCUAUCAAGAUACCAAAUGUAAGCAAAGGCAACCGUGUACAAGGAUUCUUUUGUAGCAUGUAUUGUGUCCCUGACGACAUGGCUGCACUACUCCCUGUGUUGUGAUUUAAUCUAAUAAAAGGAACUCUAUGGGC